UUCUUCUUCACAGAUCUCCUGAGAGUAGUGGCAGUGGCCCAAGAGCAGGUAAAAUAGACAGUCAUUGUGUCUAAUCAUAACUGGACACUGACCACUACUACCACAACCCCAUCAGUAACUCUCACCUUGGUGCAUAGCUUAGCUAGUUCUCUGUCUGAAUUGGUUCCUUUCUUUUUCAUUUAGAAGUAGAACAUGAUGCAGGAGACUAACCAGUCCUUUGUGGCUGAAUUCAUCCUUCUGGGCUUCUCCUUCAACCCCAGCACCACUCCUCUGCUCUUCUCAGCCUUCCUGAUCACCUACCUGCUGAUUAUCCUGGGAAAUGGCUUAAUCACCAUCCUCAUCUGCCUGGAUUCACACCUCCACACACCCAUGUACUUCUUUAUUGGCAUCCUUUCCAUAUUGGAUGUGGGCUAUACCACUACAACUGUGCCUCAGAUGUUGGCACAUCUAGCCAGCCAGAAGAAGACCAUCUCUUUUGCCAGCUGUGUGGCCCAAAUGUACAUUUUCUUGGUGCUAGGCAUCAUGGAGUCAUGGCUCUUUGCCAUCAUGUCUAUAGACAGGUAUGUGGCCAUCUGCCACCCACUCAGGUACAAGGUCAUCAUGAGCCCAUGGUUAUGUGGAGUAAUGGUCAUUUUCUGUGGACUCUGGGGUGUCAUUUCUGCUCUUGUCUACACUGUUUUUGCCAUGCGUCUGCCAUACUGUGGCUCCAACAAGAUCAACCACUUCUUCUGUGAAGUUCCUGCAGUCUUAAAGCUGGCUUGCGCAGACACCUCAGUCAAUGACCGGGUAGACUUCAUUCUUGGCUUUACUGUCAUCCUGGUCCCACUCUCCCUCAUUCUUGUCAUUUAUGUCAACAUCUUCAGCAUCUUGAGGAUCCGUUCAGCCCAGGGGCGACUGAAGGCCUUCUCCACUUGUGCCUCCCACAUCACUGUGGUCACUAUGUUCUGCGUGCCAGCCAUGGUUAUGUACAUGAAGCCUGGCUCUGAGGCUUCCCUGGAAGAGGACAAGAAGUUGGCCCUGUUCUACAAUGUUAUCUCUGCUUUCCUCAACCCCAUCAUCUACAGCCUCCGGAACAAGGACAUACAGAGGGCUUUCCUCAAGGUGACAGGCUGGGGCAGGGCCUUCCAGGGAAGGACAGCUGGGGAACAGAGAAGCAAGACUCAUGAUGCACAGCCAAUGCCCUAAACAUUCAUUUGCAUGACCCAGCAACACCAGGACACACACAGCCCUGGCCCCAAAUCUCAACUCUCUAUAGCUGGUGGCAGACAGCCCAUGAUUUAACUGACAGACUAGUCACUGUGACAUAUCUUCCAGAUACAUCAGUCUUUCAGCUUCCUUUUGUUUUAAAGUCUCAACAGGUAACAAAAGAAGGGGCAUCCUAAGCCAUUAAAAUCUAUUAUCAAGACAAAAGGAAUAAGCUUUGGGGUAUGCCCUGUGGCUGAAUCUUGAGAAAGUUUCAUUACCCUACAGAAACUGCACACAAGGUGUUAGGUUAGCUGGAGGGAAGGGCAAAGGCACUGACAUUGGAGGUUUCCUGGCCCUGGAAGGAAGAAUAAAGUAAAUGUCAUUGCAGUGACUUGGGGGUGGGGUGUACUUGUUUUGGACAUGCAGAUUGGAAACAAGCUGGGAUCCCUGGAGGCUAACUGCAUUUGGUCCCAAUGACCUCCCCCUGAGACUUAUUUCAGGUCUCUCUGUUCCUCUUUCCCUCUUUACAAGUCAACUGGACUUCUGUCUUUGCCAUUUCAGGGCUCCACAUAUGCUCUUUUUUCUCUCCUCACCCUUAACUCCACCCUACCUCCAUCCUAUCCCGUUAUGCUAUUAUCUCCUGUUCAUCCAUCAGAUCUUGGCUUAAACUGCGGCUCCUCAAAGAAGUCUUUUAUUGAGCUCCCAGAGUGAGCGUUCCAAAGCACCCAGUACCUCUCUUUCAUAACAAAGGCAUGCGGUUCAACAUAUGAAUUCUCUGCCGGAUAGCAACUUCCAUGAGGCAGGACCAUGAGUAUUCAGUUGAUCCCUAGGAUCUAGUCCCAUGCUACCCACAUACUGGCCUUCAACAGGUAUUUUUUGAAUGAAGGAAUAGACACUUCACAGGAAAAGCCAGAGAGGGAAGACAAAACCAGUAAGUGGUAGAGUUAUUGAAUUAGGACUAGCAAAAUGUAGGAAAUAGUGGCAGGUACAAAAAGGAGAGGAUAUGAAAAGGAGUAAUGUUGUUCAGCUACAAUCAUAUGGAAAAAAGUUUGCUUUCAUUAUUAAUAAACAUGGAUUGAAUAAGUGGGAUAUCAUUUUCCACCUAUCAAACUAGCAAAAUAAGAAAAAUGGUGAUACUCAAUUCUGGGAAGGACAUGCACACUCAUUGCUGAAAAGAUUAUCCUUGGUUCUACCCUUCUAGAACAGUGCCUUCUACAUAGUAGGUACUCAAUAAAU